AUGUUAUUAAAUAAUGUUGAUUUGAAAUUAAGGUUUGUAAGGUCCAGAGACGCUUUUUGUUUGCUGGGUCAGGAUGGUUUCAAAGUUAAAGUCAUCGAAGCAAAUUUAUUUGCUCGAAGGGUCAGAGUCUCUCCUAGUGUCCUUUUAAGUCACGCUCAGGAACUUGAAGAAACGAAUGCCAAGUACCCGAUAACCAGGGCUGACGUUAAAACCAACACCAUCCCUGCUGGUGUUCGAAGUGCAUCCCUGGAUAAUGUAGUCAGCGGCCAACUUCCCACUCGUAUUAUUAUGGGUAUGGUGCUAAACACAGCUUUUAACGGGGGUAUUGAAAAGAAUCCGUUUAAUUUCCAAACGUUCAAUCUUGAUUAUGCUUCCUUCCAUACCGACGGCCAACAAAUUCCAGGUGUCGUUCUAACACCAAAUUUUGACGCUCACGAAUACGUCCGAACUUUUCACUCUCUUUUCUCUGGCACUGGGAUACAUUACUCAGACUCAGGCAACGAGAUAAACAGAGAGGAAUUUAAGGCAGGAUACAGCUUGAUCGCUUUAGACUUUACCCCUGAUUUAGAGGCUCAUAUUAAAACUCAUUGGAGUUUGGUCCGCCACGGUAGUUUGAGGAUAGAACUAAGGUUCAGUGAUGCGCUAGCAGAAGCAAUAACAGUCAUAACCUAUGCGGAAUUUGAUAAUGUCAUAGAAAUAGAUAAGAGUCGCAACGUUAUUGCCGACUAUAGUGCCUAA